AUGCCCAUCAGCAGGCACCCUGGACAGUUUGCAGUUACCAUGGCAACCCAUAAUCAUGACCAGCUACGUGCCAACUCCUUUUCUCCCACCACUCCCUUCCCUGAGCCCAACUUCACCCCCUACUCCACUUCUGAAAAAAGCAGCUUUAAGGCUGACUCCAUCUCCGAGUCCCAGUGGUCUUCGAAUUUUACUGGCUCUUUGGAUGAGCAUGGGACCUGCCAGUGCUCUGUUAUCCUGCCAGAUGGUACAUUUCCCGUGGAGCGAGUGGAAUACUUGGAAAUCAUAGCUCACAAUCUCACCGUGAAGUUCGAGAAGGAGCUUUCUAAAGUAAAGGAGUAUGUUGAAUUAAUCAGCGUGUAUGAAAAAAAACUCUCAAAUCUAACUAUACGAGUAGAGGCUAUGGAAGAGAAUACGAUUUCUUAUACUGAACUGGACUUUGAGCUAAUUAAGCUAGAAGUGAAGGAGAUGGAGAAACUUAUCCUACAGCUGAAGGACACUUUUGUUGGAAGCUCAACGAUCAUUGCCCAACUCGAAGUGGAGAUAAGGAAUAUGACUCUCCUGGUAGAGAAGCUUGAGACGCUAGACAAAAACAAUGUUCUUGCCAUUCGUCGAGAAAUCUUGGCUCUCAAGAACAAGUUAAAGGAAUGUGAGGCCUCUCGAAAUGAAACUGCUUCUAAUCAGCCCCGCCCUCCUCCUCCUCCAGGGAGCUGCAGUCAUGGUGGUGUGGUGAAUAUCAGCGAUCCACAUAUAGUCAAGCUCAACUACGCAGGGUUUUCGUAUAAGUAUGGUGCCUGGGGUCGAGAAUAUUCUCUCCAGAAUCCAGAUAAAGGGCGAUAUUGGGUGGCACCUCUGGAAAAAGAUGGGAGACAGCUACGGUAUUUCAGACUCUAUGAAACUUUCUCUGAUUUACUACUGUACAAAACCUACCGUAGUUAUGAGAUUAACUAUGGUCAAGGUGGGGGAGCAGUAGUUUACAAUAAUACCAUGUAUGUCAACUGGUAUAGCUCGCGAAACAUUGCUAGCAUCAAUCUGACCAGCAACACAGUUGUUCUUAAUCAACCUCUUCCUAAUGCGGCCUACAAUAACCGCUUUUCAUAUGCUAAUGUUGGGUGGCAAGAUUUCGACUUUGCUGUGGAUGAGACUGGAUUGUGGGUGAUUUAUUCCACUGAAGAUGAUGGUGGCUCCAUAGUGAUUAGUAAACUCAAUGACACUACUCUUCAAGUGCUAAACACUUGGCAUACCACACAGUAUAAGCCAGCUGUUUCAAAUGCCUUUAUGGUAUGUGGGACUCUGUAUGCCACCCGUGUUGUGAACACCAGAAUAGAUGAACUUUUCUACUACUAUGACACAAACACAGGGAAAGAGGGUCAACUAAGCAUUAAGCUGGAAAAGGUAAUGGAAAAUGUGCAGAGCAUUAACUAUCAUCCUUUUGAUCGCAAACUUUAUGUUUAUAAUGAUGGUUACCUUCUAAAUUUUGAUCUUACCUUUGACCUGGAACCUCGUGAAAAUUUUUAGAUAUACAGUGAUUAAAGAAUGAGACACUUGUUGAAGAAUUUGAUCUACACAUUAGAUAGAUUCAAAGGGAUCCUGAAGUAUAUUGAUUUAAUAGCAGUAUUUGGAAGCAUAGUUCUACUACACUGGAAAAUGUGACUAUUUGCCUUAAUUUGAUAAGUGUUCUUGCAAGCCAUUUACCUCUUAUAAUGCAUGUCACUACUGAAACACAUUUGUUCUAUGUUGGGCGAUUAUGAUGUAAGCUAUGAUGCAAGGAAUUAAAAAAGUCCUUGGUGAAGUGGCAUGUGGGAAUUGAGGAAGUUAAAGAGUGCUCUGUGGAUUAUUUGUACAGGAGAGAGGGCUCAAAGAACAGUUCUCUAUGAAACCUGACCAUUUCUUCUUUAAUUCUUCUCAUCUUCCCUGAAAGAAACUUGGGAUUUAGUUAGGCAGAUUAACAACUAAAACUCCUGUGAGCCUACAUCUCCAUUUUUAAUUGUUGUUGGUGGUAUUUUUUUUUUACAAGCACUUGGAAUGAUGGCUUGUAUAUAGAAGAUAAGUAAAUUUAGCAAGUUUGUAUAAUAGCUAUAAAACUCUGGGUUUACGGGGAAAGGUACUUUUAUACAUUGACUUUUAUACGUUUUAUACAUUGAAAAUCAGUUCUGGAUGGAGCUACAGAUGAGGCGCUUACUUUUUAUUUUCCCCCCAUUGUCUACUUAUAUAAGAAUUAG